CACGCGUUUACCUGGGUCGGAAUCUAGCUCCCAGAAACGCCGUCUCACCACCGCCAACUUCGGUUUGCUCCCGAAUCCGACGAAAUCCUUUCCGCCUGCUGCCGCCCAUCGACAAUCGGUUCCUCUAUCAUUCCCUCCGAGAACCGCGCCUCCAUGCUUCGGUCUGUUCUCUGAACUGGGUUGGUCGGCGUCGCCGCGAUUCGCGCUCCUGGGCUCGCAGCCCGCGUCCUUUCCCGCAAUGCUGUUCCCGGAGCAGGACGCUCCGCUGGUCAAGGCAUGGAUCGUCAAGCGCCUCGAGAAUACAUCGGAUGCCGACAUUGAUGUUCUGGCCGACUACGUCCUUGCCCUGCUAGGCCACGACGGAUCCGCCCAGGAGGUGCGCGAGAACUGCGAGAAGGAAAUACCGGAUUUUCUCCAGGAAGAUGCCACGGUUUUCCUCGAUGACGUGUUCGCGGCCCUUGCCUAUAGGUCCUAUCUACCCGGCGCUCCUCCCGCGCCCAAGGUUGCACCACCACAGCCGCAACCCCCUGCAGCGCCGCCGUCCGGGCCCCGCUACCCCGCCGCCCUGUCCGGCGCCGCCCCGGCCUUUGCGCCUCAGACCGGCUCGAGGAAACGCUCGUACCACGACCGCGGCGACACCGAGUCUCGCGCCGGACCCGGGGACCGCGGUGGCUUCGGCGGUAGGGCCACGAAACAGCCACGCCGUCAAGGCUACGGCAAUGCCCCUUCGGCCUACAAUAACGGAGCCGCGCCUGGGCCCUUCCAGUCACAUGGGUUCCCUCCCGCCGGCUUGCCAUCCGCCGAACUGGAGUACGACCCCAUGUCGCUGAUGCCUCCGAUGGACGCCCUCCUCCCCGGCUUCCAUCCGCCCCCACCCGGCGGCUUUCCUCCUGGCGCGCCACACUUCCCUCAAUCUGCCAAGGGUCAGGGCUCGAGAAGAAGACGUUGUCGGGACUAUGAUGCGCAAGGAUUCUGUACGAGGGGCAACACAUGUCAGUACGAGCAUGUGCCCUCGGUGGGCUAUGGUGCUUCUGCAUCCGCAGCACAGGGUCAGUUUGGUGGGUACGAUCCCACAAACUCUUCAUUACUCCUCCCCGAAGGGCAGUCUCAUAUGCCAGCGCAAUUGCCCGGCUUCCCAUCUUUCCCUGGUGCCUUUGAUCCCAGGCUUGGCCAAGGCCGCCAUGGAAACGGGCAGGGGAGGGGCGGAAGGAAAAAUGGGUAUCGCUCGCAGCUGUCUGCCGAUGGGCCCUCGCACGACAAGAGCAAGACGACUAUUGUCGUGGAGAAUAUUCCCGAGGAGAAGUUUUCCGAGGACGAGGUUCGCGGCUUCUUCUCCCAGUUUGGAAACAUCGUGUCCGUAUCCAUGCAGCCGUACAAGCGACUGGCGCUUGUCAAGUUUGCCAAAUGGGGCUCGGCCAACGCGGCCUAUAGAUCCCCCAAAGUCAUAUUUGACAAUCGGUUUGUGCGCGUUUUCUGGCACAAGGAAGACGGCUCUACGCUUCCGGCACCCGUCCCCCUCGGCGGCUCUAACGGUUCCAACGGCUCCAACGUGUCCAACGGUACGGCAGGCGUUGACGCUAAGGACGGCGCCGCCAACGGUCAGGACGAAAGCAACGGUGAACAUGCUGAGCCUGAUGUAGACAUGGAGGAGUUUGUCCGCAGGCAGGAGGAGGCGCAAAAGGCGUUCGAUGAGAAGAAACGCAAGAAGGAAGAGGUGGAGCGCCAGCGCCAGGAGCUCGAAGAGCGGCAGAAGGAGCUACUUGCCAAGCAGCAGGCCGAGAAGGAGAAGCUCAAGGCAAAGAUGGCCGCGGCGGGUCACACGGGCAAGCAGGACUCGUCUCCCGAGAUUACGUUUUCCAAACUGUCGGGGCCCACGUCGGACAAGGGCGGCGGCCGCACCGACGCGCUGCGGGCCCAGCUCGCCGCGCUCGAGGACGAGGCCAGGUCCAUGGGGCUGAACCCGAACGAGAUGGACGAGGCGCCCGCCUGGGGCGCUCCGCCGCCCCUCCGCGGCCGCGGCGGCUACCGGGGUCGUGGGCGCGGAGGCUAUGCUCCCCCAUGGGCCGGAUAUCCGCCCAGGGGAGGUGGUGGGUUCCGGGGCAGGGGUGGCGGCCACCACGCCGCCUACGCCGCGUACUCUCUGGAUCACCGGCCCAAACGGGUUGCUGUUUCAGGCGUGGACUUUUCUGACUCCGACAAGGACGAGAAACUGCGCCACCACCUUCUUGGCGUCGGAGAGUUCAAGGACAUCCAGUGCGAAAAGGGUGUCGCGCGCGUCACGUUUAACGACCGGCGAACCGCCGAGGCCUUCUUUAAUGGCGUGUCGAGCGGUGGCGGGAUACUAGGCAUCGACGGCACGCUCGAGGUCUCAUGGGUCCCGAAUUCAACAGGCUCUGGCGACGGUGGAGGAGGUUCGCUCCAGGUCGACACGGCGGCCAAGGGCGGCAACGGCACUGACGACAAGCCGCCGGCGUCGGGCCUGGCUAGCGGUAGGCCCGACGAGGGUGACCGCGACGAGGAAGACGAAGACGACAACAUGGGCCUGGACAGCGCCAGGGAGGCCCAGUCGCACGCGAACAUGGACUACGACGUGGCCGAUGAGGAGAACUGGGACGUUGCCUAGGCUGCUUGCGUGUCCGGCUUUACCCAGGAGGACCCCUCAAAAGUACUUGGCGACAAGCACUAAAUAAUUUCAGAAGGGUGCUUUUUUUUUUCAUCGGGAAAAGCUGUGUUAGGGAUUCAUGAGUACUAAUAACCAUCCCUACUGCCAAAAUCGGUAUUUCGGCAAAAUAAAGACGGGAGUUGAAUAGACGCAGAUUGGAAUCUGUGCCCAAGUGAGACGCCUCUGAUCAGUUAGUUGUGUUCACUGUAUUUUAUGCGCACCCCGUCGGGAUUCAAUAAUCAUGGUGGAGAGGAAAGAACAAAACGCA